UAUUUGUCAUCUCAAAGUGGGUGGAUGUGAUUGAUAACUUUGCGUUUGCGAUGGUAUAAUAAAUGUAUUUAGAAUAAUUUUAUAUUUCAAACAAGAAUUGCAAAAUCAGUAAUAGGAAUUAAAUGUGUAGUGAAUAUAAUUAAACUAAAAGUGUACCAGUUCAGCACCGGAUCUACGUAGAUAUCAACAAUGGCAGACGUCGGAUUCCCCGGACAGCAUACCACUACAACAACGGUCACCUCCAGUACCACCGUACAAACUAACAUACGCUUUGACCCAUUGUACAUAAGGACUAUUCCUGGUAUACUCAAAGUAGUGCAAGUGGUAUGCAGUUUGCUUGGCUUCAUCUGCAUUCAAUUCUCAUGGCUCAACAACGCCAGCAAGGGCUCGUACUUUAGUUGGAUUUCAAUGGUGGCCUUCUGGUUCACCGGGAUACUCCUCGGCUUCUACUUAUUCCACAUCGUAGAGAAGUUCUAUAAGAUUCCCUGGCUCAAGAUCGAGUUUGUGUUCUGCUCGCUGUGGACCCUGCUGUACGUGAUCGCCGCCAUCCUCGCCGUCACAGUCAGGGACAAGCCGCACUCCGCUGCAGCCUUCUUCGGGUUCGUGGCGACGGCGGCGUACGCGAUGGACGCGUUCGUGAAGUGGCGCGCGGUGCGGGCUGGCGGCCUGGCGCAGGGCACGCGCGUCGUCUCCAAGCAGACCACCUCCGCCGUCAACACGCCCCCGCCCAGGGAGGGCUACUAGCUCCCCACCCCACAGUCACGUCCCUACUCACCAUAGCCAGCAAAGUUUGAGAUUAUCUCGGUGCAACUUGCACAUAGCAUUUUUAUGCACACUGUUUACUGUUACAUGUAAGUCUAAAAAUGAAAUGUAUUUACAGAGGUUUUUAUACUUUUUUUAAUGUCCACAUAUUAGUACGUAAACUUUUUGAUGUCAAUUGAUUCUUGUUUAUGAUAUGCAUUUAAGAAGUGCGUUAAUAUUUUUUACACACAAUCUCUACAAAACAAUUUAUAAGACAUCCAAAAUUAAUGAAGGAUUUUUAU